AUUUUGAUUGUGAGUUUUUUUUUAAAUUAUUUAAUUUAAAGAUUAUAAGUUUUGGAGUUUUUGCAACGUCUUGCCUUUUAAGUGACACAUAGAACCGAAUAUUAUUUGCUUCUUCACCCCACCUGGUACCACCGCCACCACCACCACCACCACACCAUCACCACCAACACCGCCAUUUCCGCGUCGCUAUUUGUUUAAUCCACUAGAAUAAGAAGAAAGAAAGAAGGAGAAAUUGCCACUAAUUCAGAUCGGAAUUAAAUAUAUUCUCACUCUCAGUGACUGAUUAAUCUUUAGUUUAAACGAUUACGAAUCUUAUCGUGAAGCUACAUUUCAACUGUCUGCAAUGGACCGCCGAAGUUGGCCUUGGAAGAAAAAAUCAUCUGACAAAACUGAGAAAGCGGCUACUGUUGCAACCGAUUCUGGUGGCGGAGGUGGUGGUACUUUGGCCACUACUGGAUCUCAGGCAGAUAAGGAUAACUACAAAAAGCCCAACUAUGUUCAAAUUUCGGUGGAAUCAUAUACUCACCUGACAGGUUUGGAGGAUCAAGUGAAGAACUAUGAGCAACAAGUUGAGUCUCUAGAAGAUGAGAUUAAAGAGUUGAAUGAAAACCUAUCUGCAGCAAAUUCAGAGAUGAUUACGAAGGACAACCUGGUGAAACAACAUGCCAAAGUUGCUGAGGAAGCUGUUUCAGGUUGGGAGAAGGCUGAAGCAGAAGCAUUGGCAUUGAAAAAUCAUUUGGAAUCAGUCACGCUUUCAAAGCUCACUGCUGAAGAUCGGGCAGCACAUUUGGACGGUGCUCUUAAAGAGUGCAUGCGGCAAAUAAGGAAUCUAAAGGAAGAACAUGAACAGAAAUUGCAAGAUGUUGUUCUCUCAAAGAAUAAACAAUGUGAAAAAAUGAAAUUGGAGCUUGAGGCAAAGAUGGCCAACUUAGACCAAGAACUCCUUCAAUCUGCAGCUGAAUAUGCUGCUAUUUCGAGAUCACUCCAGGAGCGAUCUAAUAUGUUAAUCAAAAUUAGUGAAGAAAAAUCUCAAGCAGAGGCUGAAAUUGAACAUUUGAAGAGCAAUAUUGAAUCUUGCGAAAGGGAGAUAAGCUCCCUUAAAUAUGAACACCACGUAAUUUCAAAAGAGUUGGAGAUUCGUAACGAGGAAAAGAAUAUGGGCUUGAGAUCUGCUGAAGUAGCAAACAAACAGCAUGCUGAGGGUGUCAAGAAAAUAGCUAAGCUGGAAGCAGAGUGCCAAAGAUUACGUGGUCUUGUUAGAAAGAAGUUGCCUGGUCCAGCAGCACUUGCACAAAUGAAACUAGAGGUUGAGAGUUUGGGCCGCGAUUAUGUAGAUUCUCGACAGAGGAGGUCACCUGUCAAGCCUCCUAGUCCACAUCUGUCUGCAGUGACGGAAUUUUCACUUGACAAUGCUCAAAAAUUCCAGAAAGAGAAUGAGUUUCUAACUGAGCGUUUAUUGACAAUGGAAGAGGAAACAAAGAUGCUGAAAGAAGCACUGGCAAAGCGUAAUAGUGAAUUGCAGGCUUCUAGGAACCUGUGUGCUAAAACAGCAAGUAGGCUUCAAAGUUUAGAAGCACAAGCCAGCAGUCUACCGAAAAGUUCACCAUCAUCUGUGGUUCAGAUUCCUAUUGGAGGUUACUCCAGUCAGAAUAUGAGUAAUCCACCUAGCUUGACCUCCAUGUCUGAAGAUGGUAAUGAUGAUGACCGGAGUUGUGCCGACUCUUGGACAACUUCUCUAGUCUCCGAGGUCUCCCAUUUAAAGAAGGAAAAGAAUGGCGAGAAGUCAAAUAAAACAAAAGCUGCACAACACUUGGAGCUUAUGGAUGAUUUCUUGGAGAUGGAGAAGCUGGCAUGCUUAAAUGAAAAUGGUUCUGUGGAUAUUUCAGAUUCUCGAAACAAUAACACAUCUGAAGUUUUAAAUGGCGAUACUUCAACAGAGGUAACUCCAAGCAAGGAUACCUUGUCCGAAGAACAAAAAAUGUCGGAUUCAUCAGUAAAUCAUGCAUCUUCUAAUCGAGAUUUGUCAGCAGCAGAUUCUGGAUCUGAUAUAGACCAGACGCCUUUGAUGAAGCUUCAGUCACGGAUUUCUAUGUUACUUGAAUCUGCAUCUAAUGAUGCUGAUGUGGGAAAAGUUUUGGAGGAUGUCAAACAAAUUAUGCAGAAUGCACAUGGUGCUUUAAAUCAGAACUCAAUAAGUUGUGUUCUCAAGGAAGUGCCUACUUCUGAUGCCACAUGCAAUGGACCUACAAGUCCUGAAGAUACCAGCAUAACAGGGGAUAAGGAGAUCACUGUGUCCCAAGAUAUUAAGGCAGAUACGGCAACUGUAAGCUUAUUAAGCCAGGACUUGGCUGCUUCUAUUUCUAGUAUUCACGAUUUUGUGUUGUUCCUGGGUAAAGAAGCAAUGGCUUUACAUGAUACAUCUCCCGAUGGCAGUGAUCUGAGCCAAAAAAUUGAGGACUUCUCACUCACGUUUAAUAAAGUAUUGACCGAAAAUACAAGUUUGGUUGAUUUUGUUUUGGAUCUUUCUAAUGUGUUAGCUAAAGCCGGUGAGCUAAGAUUUAAUGUCCUGGGUUAUAGAGGUUCUGAAACAGAAAUCAACAGCUCUGAUUGCAUAGAUAAGGUUGCCUUACCGGAGAAUAAGAUACUUGAAAGAAAUUCAUCUGGAGAAAGCUAUCAAAAUGGUUGCUCACACAUUUCUAGUCCUGCCUCUAAUCCUGAGGUGCCUGACGAUGGAAAUUUGUUAUCUGCGUAUGGAUCAAAUACCACAGUGUGCAAAGUCUCUGUUGAAGAAUAUGAAGAAUUGAAAUCAGAGAAAAUCAAUAUGGCCUCAGAUCUUGCCAGGUGUGCAGAAAACCUCGAAAUGACAAAGUGUCAAUUACAUGAGACCGAGCAGCUUCUAGCUGAAGCUAAAUCACAACUGGCUUCUGCACAGAGGUCGAAUAGCUUGUCUGAGACACAACUGAAAUGUAUGGCAGAGUCGUACAGAUCACUUGAAGCUCGAGCAGAGGAGUUGGAAACUGAGGUAAACCUUCUGCGAGCAAAAGCAGAAACUCUGGAAACCGAGUUUCAAGAGGAAAAGCGUUUUCACUGGGAUGCUUUAAACAGAUGCAAGGAACUAGAGGAGCAACUGCAAGUGAAAGAGAGUUGUUCAGUUUGUUCUUCCGCAGCUGAUGCCGACAUCAAUGCCCAUCAAGAUAAAGAACUAGCAUCUGCAGCAGAAAAGCUGGCAGAGUGCCAAGAGACCAUAUUUCUUCUCGGCAAGCAGUUGAAAGCUUUACGACCUCAAACAGAGCUGAUAGGCUCUCCAUACAGUGAGAGGAGUCAAAAGGGAGAAUUUGGGGAAGAUGAACCUUCUACGAGUGGCAUGAAUUUGCAUGACUUUGAUCAGGCUGAGACCGAUUUAACUGUUUCAACUAAUCUUCACAGAGCAGGUGCGGAAUCACCCAUGGAUUUAUACAACCAGCCAUGUAGUCCUUCCGAUACGGAAACAAGUUACUUAAGAUCACCGGUCAACUCAAAGCAUCCAAACCACAGGUCUACCAAAUCAAGUGCAUCGGCUUCUUCUCUUAUGACAACACCGGAUAAACAUUCAAGAGGAUUUAGCAGGUUCUUUUCAUCAAAAGGAAAGAGCGGGGUUUAGGCUUGCAGCUUGCAGGCAUUGAUAAUGAAAAAUGGCUGUCAACUAGUAAUAAUCCAAAUCACCUGAGGAAGAGUUUGUUAUUUUUUGUUUCUUUUGUAACUAAUGGCUGUAUAUGUUUUCCAUAUUAUAGAUUAGGCGUUUAUUUUUUGUCAUUUGCCUUGUCUAAUUUUGUUAAUUGAAGAAGACAUAGUUUCUGGACUGCUACUCUGGAAAUCUGAAUAUAAGCUGUAUGUGGCUCUUCUAUUAUUAUCUAAUUUCCGCUGUCCUGUCAAUUACAGAGUGGGACUCA